AAAUUUUGUGUGUAACCAUCAGCCAAUCAUAUUGCAACUUUUGUGAAAAUUAUCUCAAGUAGAUUCCUUCAUUGUCCUCUCAGUGAAAACUGUAUAAAGGGUUGAAAAAAGUCUCACACUUGCAACAACAUCUCGAGAGGUUUCUUCUCUCUCUCUUCUGCUGAUCGUUUGUUCUUCAAAGGUCUUUAGAUCUUUCUCCUUGAGUUAGCACCGUUACUCUGCUGUUUGGAUUGGUUUGGUUUGCCUUUACGGUUUUCGUUAAUACCGAUCGUUAUGAACUAGAUUACAGUCUUGAGUUGCUCAUGUGUAGGGCUCUUGAGUUACUGGUUAAUAAAGGUUUUGCUCUUAUGGUUGAUCCUGUUGCGUUUUAGUUGGAUUCUUUUUUUAUUACUCUUGACGUUGCUAAGAUUCUGCUAAUGUUAUUUGAGAGUUAUGGGUUCACUGUUGUUGUCUCCCUCGAAUUUUGUUGAGUUGCAUUUUCCAGUUUUAUUUGAAGAUAUAUGAUUUUGUGUUCAAAGAUGCAAUUUCAUUGUUUGCAUCUGAGCUUUCUCAUAUGAGUUUUAUUUAUUUGUGUUUAAGUGUAGUAACCAGGGGAAGAUGGAGAGAGAUGGAGGAGAUCCUUUCAACGUUGAUUCUCCUUUUGGUGGUUCUUUUAGUGGUUCUUUCGGUGGAUCUGGUGGCCCAAACACUGGUCCCCCGAGUCAGAUGUCUAAUGUUUUUGGAGGAGACGCUUUUGAUGGUUUUGGUGCCCCUAACAAUGAACCUCCGAGUGAGAUGUCUAAUGUUUUUGGAAGAGACUCUUUUGGUGGAUCUAAUGGUGAUCCAUUUGGUGGCUCUUUUGGUGGAUCUAAUGGUGAUCCGUUUGAUGACCCUUUCUUCACCCAGCCUUUUGGUGGUAACAUGUUUCAGCCCAGCUUGUUUGGUCCUCCUACCACGGACCCUUUUGCAGGAGUGCGUCCUCCUCCAUUAGGGUUUAUCGAGAAUCAUCAUCACCAGCCACCACAACCGAGACUACCAGGUGGAGCGUUUAUUGAAGAGCUCAAUGUUUUAGAUGCUGAGGAAGAAGGAGUAGCAUAUCAGGAGAAGAGCGUAAUCCUAGGGAAACGUGGCAGGUCAAGCAGUGAGGUGGAAACUGAAGAGGAUAUAGCUGAAGAGAGAAGGAUCACACACAUGCAAAACAUGAAUGCAAAUGCUAUGGUGGACAAUGGACAAUGGGAACAACAAACUCAAGAGAGAAGGAUCACACACAUGCAAAACAUGAAUGCAAAUGCUAUGGUGAACAAUGGACAAUGGCAGCCACAAACUCAAGAGAGAAGGAUCACAAACAUGCACAACAUGCAUGCAAAUGCUAUGGUGACCUAUGAACAAUGGCAACCACAAACUCAAGAGAGAAGGAUCAGACACAUGAAUACAAAUGCUAUGGUGAACAGUGGACAAUGGCAGCCACAGACUCAAGGUUAUAGUUUCCAGAGCUCGACUGUUACUUAUGGUGGUCAUGACGGAAACUACUACACUUCGUCCACGACCAGAAGGACAGGAAGUGAUGGGUUAACUCUUGAAGAAAGCAAAGAAGCUAAUACUGCAACUCGCGAAGCAGCGCACAGGAUUUCAAGAGGCUUCCAUAACAGGGGCCACACAGUUGAGCGUACGCGCAACUCGGAUGGUCGGGUUGGUACAAACCAGAUCUUGCACAAUCUGAACGAAGAUGAAUUGGCUAGUUUUGAGCAGUUUUGGAGUAGCAAUGCUGGAAUGCAAAUGCAAUUCCCCAGUCUGUCGGGUUCCUUUGGCAGUGGCUUUGUUAACAGAGAGCAACCAAUGUUGCCUCCUCCGACUGAUCCAAGCUCUUCUCGUGCAAGAAGAGGGCCUUACUGUCACAGAAGAAGGAAUGCAACAGAUUUAAGCAGACUGGGUUUCUAA